AUGUGGGCCUUAUCUCCCCUCCAGAGCCCGGGUGCCACGUGGCGGCUGCUGCUUGGCCCCCGGCCCCCUUAUCUGCCCCCGCCCCGGGCCGCAGGCACCGCCAUGGACCGCCAGCUGCUGCCCGUGCUGCUGCUGCUGCCGCUGCUCAGGGCCUCAGGCCCGCAGGGGCCGGAGUCAGGACCUGGGGGCCCCUUGGGGGAGCCCCUGGAGGAGGAGCUGCAGGAGGACGGGGUGCUGGUGUUGAGCCGGCACACCCUGGGCCCGGCCCUGCAGGCCCACCCCGCCCUGCUGGUGGAGUUCUAUGCCCCGUCGUGUGGGCAGUGCAAGGCCCUGGCCCCCGAGUACAGCAAGGCCGCCGCCCUGCUGGCUGCAGAGUCUGCCCGGGCCACCCUGGCCAAGGUGGACGGGCCCGCGGAGCCGGAGCUGACCCAGGAGUUUGGAGUGACCGGGUACCCCACGCUCAAGUUAUUCCGGGACGGGAACAGGACACACCCCGAGGAGUACACAGGCCCCCGAGAGGCCGAGAGCAUCGCUGAGUGGCUGAGACGGCGGGUGGGCCCCAGCGCCGCGCGGCUGCAGGAUGAGGAGGACGUGCAGGCGCUGAUGGAGACCCACGAAGUCGUCGCCAUCGGCUUCUUCCAGGACCUGCAAGACGAGGACGUGGCCACCUUCCUGGCACUGGCCAAGGAUGCCCUGGACCUGACCUUUGGCCUCACUGACCGGCCACAGCUCUUCCAGAAGUUUGGCCUCACGAAGGACACCGUGGUCGUUUUCAAGAAGUUUGACGAGGGCCGCGCUGACUUCCCGGUGGACGAGGAGCUUGGCCUGGACGCCGCCGAGCUGGCUCGCUUCCUCCUCACGCACAGCAUGCACCUGGUCACGGAGUUCAGCAGCCAGACGUCCCCCAGGAUCUUCGCUGCCGGGGUCCUCAACCACCUGCUGCUCUUCGUGAACCGGACGCUGGCCGAGCACGGGCAGCUCCUGGAGGCCUUCGGGGAGGCCGCCCCCCCAUUCCGGGGACAGGUGCUGUUUGUGGUGGUGGACGUGGGUGCGGACAACGGCCACGUGCUGCGGUACUUCGGCCUGAAGGCCCAGGAGGUGCCCACCCUCCGCUUCAUCAACAUCGAGACCACCAGGAAGUUCGCGCCCGAGGCCGGGGCGCCCGUCACCGCCGCCACCGUCACCGCCUUCUGCCGGGCGGUGCUCAGCGGGGAGGCGAAGCCCUAUCGCCUGAGUCAGGAGGUCCCGCCCGACUGGGACCAGCGGCCUGUCAAGACCCUCGUGGGCAGGAACUUCGAGCAGGUGGCGUUCGACGAAACCAAGAACGUGUUCGUCAAGUUCUACGCGCCCUGGUGCGCCCACUGCCGGGAGAUGGCCCCCGCCUGGGAGGCGCUGGCUGAGAAGUACCGGGACCGCGAGGAUCUCGUCAUCGCAGAGCUGGACGCCACCGCCAACGAGCUGGAGGCCUUUGCCGUGCACGGCUUCCCCACCCUCAAGUUCUUCCCGGCAGGGCCAGGCCGGAAGGUGAUCGAGUACAGAAGCGCCAGGGAUCUGGAGACCUUCUCCAAGUUCCUGGAUCAUGGGGGCGCGCUGCCCGUGGAGGAGCCAGGAGCCCCCUCCCCGGUGGGUGUCCCCGCGCCCCUGGUCCAGGUCCUCUCUAGAACCGGGGAUCAGGUGACGGCUGGUCUGUGGCCGACGGUGACGCUCUGAGCAGACCCUCCCGACCUUUCCAGGAGACGCCCCCCGACCCCACCGCGGGGCCCAGGGAGGAGCUGUAGCCCCGCCCCGCAGCCUGUCACCG